AACAUUAUAUCGGGUUGUUGUACAUUCGUGCGAUUAGGAAUUCGCUUGAACACUGACAUAUCAAUCAUAGGACAAUCAGGAAACAGCUGUGCGUUAUAAAAGUCACUGAUUGAUGUGAAACUGAUAGAAUUUUGCUGCCCCUCUGUAAUCAUUUAGUUACCAGAGGUCCUUGUACUAACCACGACAAGGUGGCAAAAUAAUAAUAUUUAUGUAUGUUUUAAUUAAUCAUAUAUAUGUAACACCUCGCAAUUCCUCUCCGCUUUAUCCUACCUCGGCAGAAUCCAGUGUCUUCUUGCGGCUAAACUAAAACAUGGACGGAGCGAAUCAAUCUUCACAAUCAGUGGCAGGCGCUCAAUCCCAACAGCGGCCUGUCAGUCAUCCACGACCAUUUUGCUAUGUGCAGCCACCCUCUCAACCUUAUUACUCGUAUCAGUGGCAUACCAACAACCCAUACAACCACUACAGCUUCCCCGGAUCAGCAGGUUUACCCUUCGGACGUACAUGCGUCUCUCCCUAUUCUUAUAUGCAGUAUCCAGGAUAUGUCAUGCCUCAUGCUCCAGUGCAUCUCCUUGACUACAGAAGAAUGUAUGACCCUCAUUUCAACCCUGCAGCAUAUGACGCUGUUCGUCGCCACUAUCCCCAUGGCAGUGUGUCGAGGGAGACCACCUGCUCUGGUGCCCAGACAGACCCCAGUGAUGCUUUGAACAAACUGAUUGAGUGCCUAGAUAAACUCCGCGCAGGCGAGGCCUCCUCUGAACGGGAGCUAGACUCCGGCGUCAUCUCUCCGACAUCUGGAGUCUCUUCACUGAGAGAUGAGCCGAAAAAAGAGGAGCCAGAAGAGAGUAAUCGGCAAGAGCCAAUACAGAUUCCCCAAGCAUCUUCUGGGGCUGUGUUCAGCAAUGCCACCACAACUGCAUGCGAAUCAAAUACCCGUCACAGACAGCGGGAGGGCUGGUCAGUGGGUUCAGAUGGCGAGCCACCUCUGGACACGUCAUCUGUUCAUGAGAAGCCUGAGCUUCUUGAGGAGGAGGAGGAGGAGGAGGAGGAGGAUGAGGAGGAAGAAAAUGACAAUGAUGUACAUUUUCAUCAUUGCCAUACUGAAAAGCAAGUCUUGACAUCUGACCAUCCACAAGAUCAUCCUGUUUGCUGUGGAGAAACCAAGAACUCCUCAUUUGAAGGGUUCAGCCAAGGGCCAGAAGAUGGCGCUACGCGAGGCACAGAGGAGAUCAACAGGGUCGUCCCUCAGAGCAAAGCAAGAGCGGCAACCAAGGCGUCUGACACGGAUGACGGUGAUGACCUUGACCUGCCAUACCGAAUUGUCCAUCUGCCUUUUGGCAAGGUGCUUUCUGCUGGAGUCAUUCAGAAGAACUCUGCUGUCAAGGCUCCCUCCACUGUCCCUCCACUCUCCCUUGGCAAUCCCUUCUAUUAUAGCUACUGUGCUCCACAGCUGGCCCACGAGCGCUUGAGUGUCCUCAGCCCUUCUCUGGACGAGCUGUCCUCAAGGGAUGAGAUGUUUUCCACUGACCUUGACGACAUGGAUCUGUUUCCAGGUCACGUGUACACUGGGGGAAGACGGCCCGAGUUGACUGCCAUGCAAGUGCCAAAGCCAGCGCUGACCGAGAGUGGCACCGUGCGCCCCAGGAAGUACACAUGUACCACGUGUGGGCUUCGGGUGCCCAAGAGGAUGGCCACAGCAGAAGCGCAUAUCUCUGGAGCUUAUUGCUGUGAUGACCAGGCUGACUCCGACGAAGGCGCCAUAUCUGAAGCUGACGAAGAAAGCAGAAAGCCCUGCUCACGGAACAUUAGACAGAAGGCUCCCAGCUGUCAAACCUUAAAGUCCACACGUCUCCAACACCAAGCAAAACCUAGGUCUAGGAGGCUGUACUGCAGAGAGAAAACCGAUCACCAAGGACAUUCAGAAUGUAAGGCUCGGGACUAUCCAAUGCACAAGUGCUGUGAAGAAUUGGCUGCUAUGACCGAGAGGAGCCAUAGACACGAGCUACGAGAGGAGCAACAUAGGCCGUGCAGGGAGAAACAGUGCAGAGAAGGUGAGGGCCUGCAUCAGGACUGCCGAGAGAUUGGAGGCGGAAAGGGUUCAGUUAAACCUUCAAAAGUUCAACCUUUGCCACAGAGACAAGCAAGGAGGGUCCAGAGGAGAUCUGUGGCUAAGCCACAACUGUGUCAGAACUCCCAAAGCCAAAACCCAGAGAACGACGAAGAAGAGGAGGAAGAUGGAGAGGAAGUAGAGCUGCCUUAGUUUCACGUGGG